AGGAAACCGGGCAGCACAAAGAAAAGUUACUCGCUUUAACAUCGCCCCAAACUAUCGCAGCCAGGGAAUCCGUUCAAGUCUCACGGCAGAAAAAGGCGUCAUUAAAAGGUAAAGAAGAAACUCCUCUCUCGGAGGAGAUGCACAGAGGAAGCCGGCAACAAGUGUCGGCCCUCGGGCGCCCCGGGGAGCUGGCACCGGCUCUGGCGCUGCCUCCUCUCCCUCCCUCUUUGGCACACAUGUAACACGAAACUUCGCAUCUCCACGACAACCAGCAACAAAAAAAAAAAAAAAAGAAAGAAAGGCAGAGACAACAGCUGGCUGUCAGCAGCGGAGCAGAGAGGAGCCGAGCGAGCAGCGAGCCGCAGGAUGAGGGGAGAGAUGACGUGAAAAGUUUAAGAAGACGAAAGAAUAACAAGAGGAGAAGCAGAGCUGGCGGUCGGAGCCAAGAACAGAAAGCACAAAUCAUUUCACCUCUGCCUCAUCCACCAUGUCUUAGAAUGGAAUCAAAAUUGAAAACCUGUUGACACGGAAUCCUGCAGCACUAAGGAUAAAGCAGCCAUUUCUGGAGAAGCUCACUUGGGCAUAAAGCCUGGAGAGGUUGUGACAGAAUGUCUUCUGAAAGCUUUCUGAAGGAAGUUCAAGCCAUUGGUGAGAAGUUUCUCCUCAAGCUCCAGAAACUGCCCAAGGCUGAGCCAGUGGAGAUUGUCAGCUUUUCUGUGGUUCUUCUGUUUAUUGUUACUGUGCUGGUGCUCACAAUCAUUGCCUGCAGUUGCUGCUGCUGUGGCUGCGAUGGACGCCCUGAGCCCCGACGCAAGAGCCAAGUCAGCCCAGCUGCCCAUUCCUGAAGGGACACAGCCUGCUAUGCAGGACACACAUGGACAUCAGCAUCAGUGCUAUGGGAAUGGCUUUCCACACUAGCCCACUGAAAAUGGCAAUAACAAGAUUAAUGAACACGACUCAAAGGACCAGAAAUCACAGCAUGGAGUUCCUUCUCUCUGUGAUAGCCACUACUGUGACAAGGAAGGUAAAGCUCCUUUACCAUCACUGUGUCCCUCUUCUGGGCUGGGAUGGGGUGGGAGGACAUGGACACAGAUUGCUGAGAAGAGAGAGAGCUUUCCCAAAGCCAGCCCUGCAGCUGGGCCAGCUGAGGAUCCCCCCAUGGACACGGAGCCAUGGAGCAAAGCAGAGGCCACGCACAGAGCCACACACGGGGCACUGCCUGCUCUCCUCACCACAAGGAUGGUACUGGGCAUUAGCAAAACCCACUGGCACCACUGGGAGGUCCAAUUGCUCAGGUCAUCGUGGAUCAAGGCCAAACUUGCUCCAGGAGACAUGUUUAGCUGAGAUAUCUGCUGGAAAGAACAAAUGGUGGACCCUCUCAUCCAGAUGUGCCAGCUGGGGCUCUGAGUACAGCUGGUGUCAUUUCAUUGGUGAUGUGAUGAUGGGAAAUUGCCAAAGAAGAAAACAGAUCAUGUGGAAUACUCUUUGUAAAUAGAAAGAUGAUGGCAAAAGGGAAAAACUCACCAAUCCUAUGGCUUAUUUUGAUCAUUCUCUGUUCAACAUGCUCCCUCUCCACCCCUGUGGUUCCUACUCUUCUGCCUAUUGCAGAUGAAUGGCUCUUGCAGAGCAUGGGAGCUCCAGGAGAUGAACAAAUCCCAGCCCUUACUUGAGGGAUCUCUGUGCCUGACUCUCUGCACUGUGUGCAGUUUAUUUUAGUAGCCAUGAACAUGAUGCCAAGGGUGUGUUUAUGAGCAAGCACAGAGGCAUUUCAGAGGAGUGACACAUGAUGGGAGCCAUCACUUCAGGGUAUGUGCACAGCAGCUGACAGCGGGCACUGUGACAGAGCAGAGCCCAGAAUGGGCUGCUGGGCUGGAGUUAACAAGUGCAAAUAAAUCCCUCUUCCAUGCUGCAGCCUCUGUGCAUGUCUGGUUUGCACUCCGGUGAACUUCCGAAAGGGAUUUACCGACACAGGGCUGAGGCCACCGCUGCCACAACUGGCACAGCACAGCAAGGCCACAAUUCUGCACUAAACUCUGAACCACUGGUGUCUCAGCACCAAAUGGGAGACCAGCCAUCUUUGUGAGAAGGUAGAAACAAUUACAUGAAUAUAGAGAUGUCAUCUUUUUUGCCUCUGUAUCCCAACUAAGGGUAUGUACCAAAGCCAACGUCUAGCUAGGGAGAACAGAAUCAUCAAGGUUUUAACAGUGGGCUUUAAAAUAUUCUUUACACUUCAGGAGUUACAGAAAAAUAAAGAAGUCACUGUAUAGAAAUGUAUUUUCUCUGUUGCCUGCACCCAUAUUAGUAAAAGGCACAUUACUUCAGCUUCUUAUGUAUUUAAUGCACUUUAUUUUUUGCCAACAAACCGGAUCUAGGUAUUUGGUAUUUUUGUAUUGCUGCACAUUGGAAUAUAUCUGCAGCCAGAGACAUAGUCUAAGAGUUAUAAGAAAAAUAAAAUUCCUAAAACUACCAGUGUUACUUUUAAAUUAAUAAAAAGAAAAACUCUCCAGUUGAAAAUGAGGAUGUUCUUUAGAAAUAAAUAUCUGAGACUCAGCAUGACAACCGCCCAGAGCAGACUGAACUAACAUGAGUUACUGCAUGCACAGUUACACUGAGACAACAAAGUGUAAAAAAAAAAAGAAAAAAAAUUAUUAGGCUGUCCCAAAGCUUUCACUGCCAACCAACAUGUUAGGGGGAAACAAUCUCAAGCAUGGCAUCAAUUUAAACAUUCAGAGGUGCAUCACACCAACCUCCUGUCACAUAAGUGUUUGCUCAUUUCACUCACAAAUGAGUGGCAAAGUGACAUCGGGAGCCUCAGAAUCUCUUUUGCAGAAACAGACUCAACAGAUGUUUUUGUAUCUAGAUUAAGUCACGAGACCCAGGGAAGAACAGAGCUCACUUUCUUUCCAGGCUUGUGCUAGACAGUGCCAGCUGCAGACAUGAACAGCAUCCCAUUGAGGGCUGUUGCAGCAGCACAGAGCCAGCCUGUGCAAAGACAGAGGGAAGCUUGGCAGGCUGGACACACACCAAGGGCUGACAGGUUGCUGUCACUGGGAACAAGCUGCCAGGCCUUAUCUCAACAGGAAAAGCCACAAAUGCAUGUUUCCCAGUGGUGGUACAAGUUAAACCACUGACAGAUACCAGGCAGAGGAACAAGAGAAAUGGCUCCUGUCUUAUCUCAGCCACUGCAAGUUCCUGAAUUAGAAACAGAAUAAACACAGCAGUGUUAAAAAAAAAAGG